GCUUGAGGGGCCGGCGGCGGCAGCGCGGUCUAUGAGGCGGCGGGCCGGCUCCCCUCUGCGCACCUGCUUGCGCUCCGCGGGCGCGGAGUGCCGCGCAGCACCAUGUCGCGCGUCGUCCAGAGGAAGAACCACUGGGCCAGCCGGGUGCGGCAGUGCUCGCUCAGCCGCGGGCCCGGCGGGCAGCUGGGCUUCCCUCUGCUCGGGGGCGCGGAGCACGGCGAGUUCCCUUACGCGGGCGCGGCGGCGGCGGGGGACGGCGAAGCGGCGCUGAGCGAGGGGGAGCUGCUGCUGGAGGUGCAGGGGGUCCGCGUCUCGGGACUGCCGCGCUACGACGUGCUGGAGGUGAUCCGGAGCUGCAAGGACCCCGUCGUAGUGAAAACCGUCCGACAAGGAAACAGACUGAACAAAGACCUGAGACAUUAUCUCAACCAGAGGUUUCAGAAAGGAUCGCCGGAUCACGAUCUGCAGCAGACUAUCAGAGAGAACCUCUAUCGCCAUGCUGUGCCUUGCACAACCCGCCCUCCAAGAGAAGGAGAAGUGCCUGGUGUGGACUAUAACUUCCUGACUGUGGAGGAGUUUCUGGAGUUGGAGCGAAGUGGGACCCUUCUGGAAGUAGGAACUUACGAAGGUAACUAUUAUGGAACACCCAAGCCUCCCAGCCAGCCCCUCAGUGGGAAAGUGACUUCCCCCGAUGCUUUGCAAAACCUGCAGUCUGGCUCCAAGCAGUCGACUCCAAAGAGAACCAAGUCCUACAAUGAUAUGCAAAAUGCUGGCAUAGUGCACCCAGAGAAUGAGGACGAGGAUGAUGUACCUGAAAUGAGCAGUAGCUUCACAGCAGAGUCUGGUGACCAAGACGAGCACAACUCGCAUAUCGUAAGAGAGACAGCCCCGCCGUCCGUGCUUGAUAGCCACACCAACCUUCCCACCACGGAACCAUCUCAGAACCUCCCUCAAUACCUACCUCCUUCUGCCGAGGAUAACCUAGGUCCUCUGCCGGAAAACUGGGAGAUGGCCUACACUGAGAAUGGAGAAGUCUAUUUUAUAGACCAUAACACAAAAACAACAUCUUGGCUUGAUCCACGGUGCCUGAACAAACAGCAGAAGCCUCUAGAAGAAUGUGAAGAUGAUGAAGAAGGGGUACACACGGAGGAACUGGACAGUGAACUAGAGUUACCUGCUGGUUGGGAGAAAAUUGAGGAUCCUGUAUAUGGUGUCUACUAUGUAGACCACAUCAACCGGAAGACGCAAUAUGAAAACCCGGUUCUUGAAGCGAAGAGGAAGAAACAGCUUGAGCAACAGCAACAGCCACCAGAAGAAUGGACAGAGGAGUGUCCAUCUCUCCCACCACCCGCUGCUCCAAACCAUGUUUCAAACAACCAGGAGGCAGUUCGGGAAGCACCAGUGCAAGGAAAACCUUUUUUUACACGAAACCCUUCUGAGCUGAAAGGGAAGUUCAUCCACACCAAGCUAAGGAAAAGCAGCAGGGGUUUCGGCUUCACCGUUGUUGGAGGGGAUGAGCCAGAUGAAUUUCUCCAAAUCAAAAGUUUGGUGCUUGAUGGCCCUGCAGCACUGGAUGGCAAAAUGGAAACAGGGGACGUCAUAGUCAGUGUGAACGACACCUGUGUGCUGGGACACACUCACGCUCAAGUUGUAAAGAUCUUCCAGUCCAUCCCCAUCGGCGCCAGCGUCGACCUGGAGCUGUGCCGCGGCUACCCCCUGCCCUUCGAUCCCGAUGAUCCCAACACCAGCCUGGUUACCUCCGUGGCCAUUUUGGACAAAGAGCCCAUCAUCGUGAACGGGCAGGAGAAUUAUGACUCCCCGGCCAGCCACAGUAGUAAAACAGGGAAAGUAAACGGCACAAAGGAAGUGAGACCCAGCAGCCCAGCUGAGGUCUCCUCCAGCGGACCCCACGGUUACCCCAACGACACCGUCUCUCUGGCGUCUUCGAUAGCAACGCAGCCUGAACUCAUCACUGUGCACAUAGUGAAAGGGCCUAUGGGCUUUGGGUUUACUAUUGCGGACAGUCCUGGUGGGGGGGGCCAAAGAGUGAAACAAAUCGUGGACAGCCCGCGGUGCCGCGGCCUGAAGGAGGGCGAUCUCAUAGUGGAAGUCAACAAGAAGAAUGUGCAGAGCCUCACUCACAACCAGGUGGUGGAUAUGCUGAUUGAAUGUCCGAAGGGAAGCGAAGUCACGUUGCUUGUGCAGCGAGGAGGACUGCCGGUCCCAAAGAAGAGCCCAAAGUCGCAACCACUUGAAAGGAAAGACAGCCAAACCAGUUCUCAGCACAGCGUCUCCAGCCACCGCAGCGGGCACACGGCUUCCCCCGCGCACAGCGCGCAGCUCCUGCCCGAAUACACGGCCGCCGAGCCGCCGGCUGCGGAUCAACCCGACACUUCUGGGCAGAAAAAGCCAGAUCCAUUCAAAAUCUGGGCCCAGUCCAGGAGCAUGUAUGAAAGCCGACCUAUGUCACCUUCGCCUGCAACUGGACUGAGCAAGGGUGAGAGAGAGAGAGAAAUCAAUUCCACGAGUUUUGGAGAAUAUCCAGAUUACCAAGAGCAGGAUAUCUUCCUAUGGAGAAAGGAAACUGGUUUUGGAUUUAGGAUUCUAGGUGGAAAUGAGCCUGGAGAACCUAUUUACAUCGGUCACAUUGUCCCGCUGGGCGCUGCGGAUGCCGACGGCCGCCUGAGGUCGGGCGAUGAGCUGAUCUGCGUGGAUGGGACACCCGUGGUCGGGAAAUCGCACCAGCUUGUCGUCCAGCUUAUGCAACAGGCAGCCAAACAAGGUCAUGUCAAUCUGACCGUCAGGCGCAAAGUGGUUUACACAGUUCCCAAGGCAGAGAACGAAGUCCCAUCCCCAGCCUCUUCCCACCACAGCAGCAACCAGCCAGCCUCGCUGACGGAGGAGAAGCGGACCCCUCAGGGCAGCCAGAACUCCCUCAACACCGUCAGCUCGGGCAGCGGCAGCACCAGCGGCAUCGGCAGCGGCGGCGGCGGGGGCAGCGGGGUGGUCAGCGCUGUGGUCCAGCCCUACGACGUGGAGAUUCGCCGCGGAGAGAACGAAGGGUUCGGCUUCGUCAUCGUCUCCUCGGUCAGCAGGCCGGAGGCAGGGACGACCUUCGCAGGAAAUGCAUGUGUGGCCAUGCCUCACAAAAUAGGUCGGAUAAUUGAAGGGAGUCCCGCCGACCGCUGCGGCAAGCUGAAAGUCGGCGACCGGAUCUUGGCCGUCAACGGGUGCUCCAUCACCAACAAGUCCCACUCAGACAUCGUCAACCUCAUUAAGGAAGCGGGAAACACCGUUACCCUGCGCAUCAUUCCGGGAGAUGAAUCCUCCAAUGCUACUUUAUUGACCAAUGCAGAAAAAAUUGCUACAAUUACAACCACACAUACUCCUCAGCAAAUACCCCAGGAGACCAGCAGGAACAACACCAAACCAAAGCAGGAAUCUCAGUUUGAUUUCAAACCACCCCAAGCAGCCCAGCAGGACCAAGACUUUUACACUGUUGAGCUGGAAAGAGGAGCCAAAGGGUUUGGCUUCAGCCUGCGAGGUGGCCGGGAGUACAACAUGGAUCUGUACGUGUUGCGGCUAGCUGAGGAUGGUCCAGCAGAGAGAUGUGGGAAGAUGAGGAUCGGUGAUGAAAUCUUAGAGAUCAAUGGAGAAACCACGAAGAACAUGAAGCACGCUCGGGCCAUCGAACUGAUUAAAAAUGGUGGCCGCAGGGUCCGCCUGUUUCUGAAACGUGGAGAUGGCUCUGUCCCAGAAUAUGCGAUGAUACCUCCUAAUAUCGCUGCAUGUAUGAGAAAUGACAAGCUCGGGGAGUCUUGCUUCUACCUUAUGGGCCAUAAUCAAACUACGACCCCAGCAGUGACAGGAACAGUCCCGCCACAGGUUCACAAAAUGUAUCGGAAAUGAAACCCGCGCCAUCCGACCGACGGCAGCACCCAUCAUCGGAGUCCAGUUAUCCACCAGACCUUCACAAAUCAUCACAACAUGGGGACAAGCGGACUUACGUUAGAGACCUAAAAGGCAGCAGAGAGUUUAGCAGACAUCCCAACGAACACCACACUUGGAAUGGGACUUCUAAAACCAACGACCACGUGCCAGGCAGGAGGACGGAGAGGUCGCCGGAGAAGAGGCGAGAGAGGCAGCCGGAGAGGGCGGUGGUGGUGAACGGGCAGAAGAGGAGGUCUCCCGAAAAGCGGCGGGAAGGGACCAGGAGCGCUGACAACACUUUGGAGAGGCGGGAACGACACGAGAGGAGGAGGGACCUCUCCCCCGAGAGGCGCAGGGAGCGCUCGCCCAGCCGCCGCCGGCGGUCGCUGGAGAGACUGACAGAGCCGAGGAGGUCACCUGAGAGGAGAAGGGAGAGCUCCCUCGACCGGAGGGCCAAGUCGUCCGACCGGCGGAGGGAGAGGUCGCCCGACAGGCGGCUCCGGGAGGAGCGAGCCGGCCACCGGGAGAGGGAAGAUCCCAGCUGGAAGCACGAGCCGAGCCGCAGGCCCGAGCAGCAGCAGCGCAGGCGGCCGUACAAGGAGUGCAGCACCGACCUCAGCAUCUGAGGGGUCCUCCGGGGUCCCCGCCGCCUUCCCCACGCCACGGGAGCUGAAACCAUCUGGCUUUCGCAGGCGAGGAGACAUCCGGCACCUGCUGAUCCUACAAACCUUUUAUGCAGAUGAAAUCUUAUAACAAACAAAGAAACAAACAAAAACAAAAAAGUGUUGUGCCUGAUGUAUAAUAUUAAAGAAAGUAUUUUUCAGUGUAUUCUUUUUUUUUUUUAAUUACUUGCCAAAUGUUGGUCCUAAAGGAUUAUAAAAUUUUGUUUCUACAUUCUUUGUAGAUUUCUUAAGAAUAAUUCCUUUAAUGGGCUACUUCCCCCCCCCCUCCUCAAUAUAGUAAAUGGGGGUAGCCAGUAAUAUAAUAUAGGCAAAGGAUUUUAUGACCAAGUUUGAAUAAUUUGAUCCAGACUGUUCUCUAGUGACUCACUGCUACACUGUAUGUAGAACAUUUUUUAAGGGUUUGGGGGUGGGGAAGGAAGAAAAUUGUUCAUCUCAGUAGGAGUGGAGCGCUCCUGCUGAAAGAAUUAAAAAAGAAAGAGACAGAUGUUCCUAAAAUUGCAAGAACUGUUUGAAGAGACUACUGUUUCAAUGAAGGAUAUUUAUACUAAUAAUAAAUAAUUAAAGAGAGAAAGAAAAAAAAAAAAUACAAACCCACACAGCACAAGAUGAUUUACGAUAAGGAAUUUCUAGUUUGUUCCGUGAACAGUUUCUACUUUCAGGCCCCCUCUACAGGAUGCACAGAGGCAGAAGGACUGGUCACCACCAUGCCUGUGUCACACACUAACCUAGACUGUUGAUCUCUCAUUAGCCUCAGCAACAUUUAAUGAUGUUUCAUUAAGGCAGCCGCUGCAGCCUUGCUCAUCUUCUAGAUGUAUAUGGACAGCAACCCGAGCAUGCAUGGGAUUGUUUGUCUGCUUUGAAGCAAGGGAAGGGAUUGGGAUCCUGGGACAAGGCACAAUGUGGUGGGAGCACAGUCCUCCCUCUUGGAGUAGGUGUAUUCCUUCUGCUCAGGCCAAACCAGUGGGCUUUUCUUACUUUGCCAAAUUCCAAAAAAGCUCUCUCCUAGCUCUGUAUUUAAGUUUUUUUGAUUUUACUGGUUCAUCCUUGCUGAGACAAAGGGAGUGCACUUGCUGGGGAACAAAAUAAAUUUUAAAAAAGAUGGAAAAAAAAAAAUAAAAAGGGAAAAAAUGUAUCAAAGGAAAAACACAGAGAGGCAAUCACUGGGACAACCUGGUUGUAGAAGCCUAUCCAUACUGGUUAUAUGCUGUAAAUUUGAAUCUGAGAACAGCAGCAGAAGGGAAAACCUGCAAGUUUCUAAGUUGUAUUUUUAAAUUUGCAAGUUGUGUGGUAAGUCUGCUGUGGUAUUGGUAUAAGAUUUUAAUGGAUUACUGCCUAGCUGAGCCAAAAUGUUUGCCGUUACUGUUGGACCACUAAAGUAAACUGCUGCUUUUUACAGUGCAUUGGUGUGUACAUGUAUACUGUUUCACAUUUUCCAUAUGAACACAAAAACAUUGCAAGUCUAUCACUGUUGUUGCCAUGGUACUGUAAAAACAAAACCAAGAAAGAAGAUGGCCACUCAUUGUGUGUACAGUUUAAAUUGUAAUUAAUAGAUCCUGUUGGAAAAAACAAAACAAACAAACACAACAAAACUGUUGCCUUUUUCUUGUAUAAAAGAGGAUUUAUGACAAAAUUUAGCUGUGAGGAAUGUGAUUAAGUGUUUAUAUUUCUGAAAAAUGGAACAAAUUGAUUCAGGGGAUGUAUUUUAAUGUAAACUGAAUCAGGUAUGUAAAGCUGUUUUAAAAUGGGAGACUAUAUAAGAAAUUCUAAAGCUUUUGUUGGUUUGAGUAUAAUUUCUUCAUGGUGGGCCUGCUUAUGUAUUAUUAAGCACUUGUAUGCAGUCUAUGUUCUUCAGUCAUCAUUUCUUGCAACGUGCUAUAGACAUAAGGCUCUUUUCUGUGUUGAUGAAAAGCAGUAUGUGGGCCAGUCUUUUUUAUAAAACACUAUGCAUAUAUAAAUACUACAUUGUUCAUAGCUUUAUUUGACUUACUGGGUUUAUACAUGACACUAGUAUGAGUAGAUGUGGACUUGCCCAGUACAAGCUUCUUUCCUCGGAACAGACACUAUGUAUAUGAUGUAGCAACAAAGAAGGAGAAAGUCUGUGAAUGCUAUUUUUAUUAUCAAAUAAAGUUUUCCAUACAAAGCAUA